GGAGGAGGAGGAGGAGGAGGAGGAGGCAGCGAUCAGAGCAGGAGGAGUGCUGCUGGUGGAGUUUCCUGACAGUAAAAUGCUGCCGGUGAGCUGUAUGCUGCUGUGUCUGCUUCACUGCAUCAAGUCUGUUUACAUUUUGCCAGGAAGCGGGCCGAACCUCUCUCCCUGCAACACGCACCCCGGGCGCGCGGCCUGACACGCGCACACCCUGACCGGAGCGCGUAGAUUUGGACCGCAGUGGUUCCGACAGCGUGCAGCCUGCAGCAGAGCGCGAUGCAACAGCAUCUCAUCAUCCGUGGCGCCGGGUAGCGGCGGCCGAUGCUCCGGAGACACGCAGCGGCGGGAGCUGAUUCUACCACCCGAGCCGUGGAUCUCUGAAGCUCCUCCAAAGUUUUCGUCCUCUCUGAUUCAUGGUCUCCUUGCCCAGUCUGUCAACUGAGGUGGACGGCCAUGUUUUGGUAUGAGGAAUUUGGAGCGAUUGGAGGCGUCCCCUGGGCCCGUUUGUGCUUUGGCCGUUUAGCCUGUGUGUCUCUGCUCUGCAGGCGGUCGAUCUGGGAGGCUGAAGAAAGACCGCCUAAAAAUAACCUGACAACCACCAGCAGCAGAAAAACUUAAAUCCAACCCAACAGGGGGAAAAAGACCUCUCUUUCACCCUGUCGGAUUCUUUCUCUGCUCCGUUUUCUGUGUCCUCAUUUAAGUGCCGAGAGGAGGUCAUGUCCCAGUCUGGAAAAGUUCUUCAUCUGUAUGUGGAAGUGAGGUCUGCCCCAGAUCAGAACGGAGAGAGUGGAGAAGGGAUUGCUCAAAGGGUUCCAGUAGAAGACAGUCCCGUGGAGCUCCUCGCCCAGACAACUAGCCAGACGGACGCCGGGUUCACCACCACAAGUCCCCAACGAGUCCAGCACCAGAAUCACAGUCCAUCUUCGUCUCAUAACGCUGUUAACUUUCAGCUCCAAACAGCCAGCAGCUCGCCUUCAGUCUCCAAGCAUUGGAGUUCACCUCUGCACUCGUCCCCCUUCUCCAGAAGAGUCGGCGUCCCUUACGCUCCUCCCGAUGGCCAACGAUCCGUGGUCAGCUUCAGCUACGUGGAAAAGUCCAACGUGAAGACGGUGGAUAGUUCGCGUAAUUCCACGUGCGAGAGGCGAGUUCCAGAUGAGCAAUCCACCCCAUCCCGCUUUAAAAAGCGCCUUAGUGACCAAUUCUGGUUUGAAAGUCCUGGUUCAUCGUGCAGCUCGAGCCCCAAACUGAGUUUCCAAUCUCCGGGGAGUCACCAGCAGACGUUCGCCCCCGGUCUUCGACAGCCGCGUUUGGACCCGAUCGGCAUAGCUGCUACCCAGAGGGCCGUGGAAGAGUUUGGUUCCCCUUUACUGAGGAUUAAACUGGCCCACGCACUCGAGCACGCCUCUUCCUCAUACUACGACCAACAGCAGCGCUGCCAGUCCUGGGCUGGGUCUCCUGUCCAGCAUCAGAACAUCCGCGUGAAUCCCAAAGAGGUCAAAGACCAGCUCUCCUCCGAGUCCAGACAGUCCUCACACUCCAGGUCCUCUGCUGACCUUCAUUGCCCUCUUCAGAGUUCAGUGGAGGAUGGGACUAUGGCACAAAGUCCAGCUAUCAGAAAACACAAGAAAGCCUCUCUGCAGGAAUCCAUCCUCCAGCCAGGCAAUAAUGGAGUGGAAGGGUUGAACCAGUUGAGCGGCAGCAAAUCUUCAUCUCCAGCUCACAGUCCUGAAGUCGCCCGCAGGCUCGCAGAGGAGGCUUCCAAAGUAUCAUCGAUAUUCACCGAGGCCAGGAGGUCCUCUUUGCACAAACCUUUAGGCAUGAGCAGCUCAAACUCUGGAGAGUCGUCUCCAAAUGCACAGCACUUUAAGCAAAUACUGAAGAUGAACAUCCCUUUAAACGAUCAACACACGCCAGCAACUGAAAACACGGACUCUCACCAGCCGGAAAGCUCCAGCACUUAUCAUGGCACACAUCAGGAGGAGCGCUUUCAGGAAGCCCAGCAUCAGAGCUCACUUUUAUCAGCACACCAGAGCACCCCUGCCCUCCCCUCGCGAGUCCUUCGUCCUUCUCAUCCUCCCACCGAGAUCGGCUCUCCCAUCAGAGACCCGAGGCUUUUCCAAGUUGAGCUCCGCGCACCAGACACCCCCACCCUGCAUCGCUGCCAGCCCCCCCAGUACACCGGAGACUCCUGGUCCCCAAGCUUGGACAGGAGGGGAGACCUGAGCGGUUUUGAGAAAGGGGACUGCACAGAGCUCUCGCGCAGGCUCUUCAUCAAUCAAAGUGUUGAAGAGGGGCCGGUCAGCUGGACAUCCAGGCAGCAGUGGAGGAACCAGUUGGAGAACUGCCCUCGGUCUGGGUUUGAGUCCAGCAGUCACCAACAAAGCAGCCGACCGAGGCAGCCGCUCAGCCCCACCGCCCAGCAGAAACGGGCCGAGAAGAGGAGGAGAGAGAUUCUUCUGCUGGGACCUGUGGCACUAGACUCCGAAGAGGAGGACGAGAGCUGUGAUGAAGAAGGGCGAGGUGAAGAGGUGCAGGAAUGCGAUCCCAGGAGGACAGGAGAAUCUCCCGAGGUGGAGCAGAACGGAGCGAUGACCGGUUCUUCCUCUCGGAGCUCCAGCGGGGUGACGGGGAGCUUCGGUGACAGAGACUGUAUGUCCCCAGAGUCCAGUCAGUCCAGUCACCAGAGCAACGAGACCGGGGCUGCAACUUCAGGAAUACAGACGGACAGUGGAAGUGCAGCUCCCAUUCCUUCGCUGCACUGUCAGAAGAUUGCACGAGCUAAAUGGGAGUUCCUGUUCGGGAGCUCUGCAGAAGAGACUGCUGGCAAAAGGGAUAAAAAUUUCUUGGAAGCCUUCACAGCGCCUCCUAGUGGUAAUUCCAGCGAGUCUCGAACCCCGACUCCUCCGUCCUCCCUGCCUCUGCUGAUGGCCAAUCACGACGUUCAGCACGUGGAGGUAGAGCUAGUGACUCCUCCCCCUGCCGCCAUCGGGACCUCCCCCAAAACCGGCAUCAUUCGUCGUACACUGAAGUAUUCCGAGACUGACCUGGAUGCCGUCCCGCUCCGCUGCUACCGCGAGACGGACAUCGACGAGGUGCUGCUGGCGGAGCAGGACGACGCCGAUUCAGCCUUCGGUAGCAACCGCAGUGUGCAGGGCACAUCUGGGACGGCCAGCAGUCCCCUAAGGGGGCAGGCUUAUGGGAGGACAGGUGGGGAGGAGGAAGGGGAGAGAGGAGGGCAAACCGAGGAUGAAGAAGAGACCGAUAAUGAGGAGGAGGAGGAAGAGGAAGAAGAAAUGGUGAGCUGGGCGAGUGUGAGGAUGCAAGGCGACAGCAGAAAGCAGCGGCACGCUGCUGAAGAGGACCCAGAGGUGUUUGGGCAUCUUCUGAUGAGACCGAUGGAAACAUUUUUCGACAACCACAACCCGGCCCUGAAAUCCCCCAUCCUGGUCUCUGGUCCCCGCGGUGCCGCUGAGGACACCUUCAGCAGACACUUUGAGAGCAUCAUGGAGUCCCAUCGGGCCAAAGGGACCUCCUACAACAGCCUGGACAGUGAGGAGCUGCUGACCUCCAGCACCCCUACUGUUCUGAGCUUCGAUCUGCCCACACUGACCCCCGCCAUCCAUGGGCCGGUGUGCCAGAGCGCCCGUCAGAUUGUGCAGCUCAGCUUUGCCCCGCUGGCACACCAUGAGAGGCCCAGUCUCUCUGAUUCUAUCUUUACAGUGACGGGGGACUCGGACGCCACGCGGGCCCCCUCCAGUGAGAGGCUCAGCAGCGGCUCGGAUGAUGUGAUGCCAAGAGGGCGAGAGUGCGCACCCCUUGGGAGCAGCUGGUACAUCAACCCGUCUUUCUCUUUGUCCAGGGCAGCCACCGCGGUGACGUGGCAGCUGCCAAACGCCUCGCCAAGCGUCUCUUCCACUUGGAUGGAUUCAGGAGGUCCGAUGUGUCGCGCCACCUCGGCAAGAACAACGACUUCAGCCGUAUGGUUGCAGAAGAAUAUCUAAGUUUCUUCAGUUUUGCCGGCCUCACUCUUGAUCAAGCACUGCGGACUUUCCUCAGGCAGUUUGCUCUAAUGGGGGAGACUCAGGAGAGGGAGAGGGUGCUGUCACACUUUUCCAGGCGCUACUUGGAGUGCAACCCAAAAGCCCUGCCAUCUGAGGACGCAGCCCAUACGCUCACUUGUGCCGUGAUGCUGCUGAACACUGAUCUAUACGGUCAGAACAUUGGCAAGAGGAUGUCAUGCACGCAGUUUAUUGGCAACCUGGAGGGGCUGAACGACGGUCAAGAUUUCCCCAAAGAUCUGCUCAAAGCGCUCUACAACUCAAUCAAGAACCAGAAGCUGCAGUGGACAGUAGAUGAGGAAGAGCUGCGGAAGUCAUUUUCAGAGCUCGGCGACAGCCUCCUAGACUCAGAAACCUCCAGGCCAAUGAAGAGGGUUGGCAGCAGUGGGAAGCCCCUAUCAGAAGGGACGGAGCCGACGGGAAUGCUGCUCUAUAAGAACGGAUUCCUGGUUCGAAAGGUCCAUGCCGACUCAGACGGAAAAAGAACACCGAGAGGGAAAAGAGGCUGGAAGACUUUCUAUGCCAUCCUUAAAGGGCUAAUUCUGUAUCUCCAAAAAGGAGAGUACCGGCCUGAUAAGCAGCUCUCGGAUGAAGACCUGAAGAACGCAGUGUCCAUCCAUCAUUCUCUGGCAAUGAAGGCAUCAGACUACAGCAAGAGACCCAACGUCUUCUACCUGCGAACCGCUGACUGGAGGGUGUACCUCUUCCAGGCACCAAACGCUGAGCAGAUGCAGUCUUGGAUCACGCGUAUAAACACAGUGGCGGCCAUGUUCUCGUCUCCUCCCUUCCCAGCAGCUAUCGGCUCCCAGAAGAAGUUCAGCCGUCCGCUGCUACCAGGAACGAUGUCAAAACUUUCCGAGGAGGAGCAGAUCAGAUCCCAUGAAUCUCGGUUCAGACACAUCUCCACUGAACUCGCCGAGCUGCGCUCUUUUCCUCCUGACCGCAAAGUCAAAGGCCGGGAGCUGGAAGAGUACCGCCUGCGGGACGAGUAUCUGGACUUUGAGAAAACCCGGUACGGGACAUACAUCAUGCUGCUGCGGGCCAAGAUCCGAAGCGGCGAGGAGGACCUGUCUGUGUUUGAGUCCCUGCUCCUAGAGGACAGCAGCCUGCAGAGGGCGCACUCCAGCCCCACGCUGCAGGACAGCAGCCUGGCCAGUCAGGCCAGUCAGGCCAGCAGCAGCAGGGGAAAUAGCAGCAAAGCCAGCGGAUGCAGCAGCAAACACCGACAGGAAGGCCAGAGACACAGCUACAGACAAGCCGUCAAGAAGUGAAGCGUGGCGGGGGCGCCGGGAGCGGCAUGAUGUCGCACUGCCAGCGGCUGGCCGUCUCCCAGCGAAGGCUUUUAUUUGAGAUCCAGGAGGGUUCGGAGCUCUGCUUGAAGGGGGAGCAGGGGUGAGGGCCUUACCCCCACGCCCUCGCGCAACCAUGACGCCCCACCCGGCACCCCAGUCUUCUCGUGUAACCGAGGAGGUGCCGAUCCGGCGAGGAUGUUGGUGCAGGAGGUGGGGGGGGAAGACAGCUGUGAGGUCAGAGAUGUGCAGAGAGGAGGUGUCUUUGAGAGCGAAUGCUGGAUGCAGCAGCUGCAGAUGGCACGGCUCCUUAAAAAGGGCUGCUUCCAGAUCAAAUGGAACACCACAGGGACCUACAUCCAGCAUCCUUUCCUUUCUCCCCCCACUUUUCUUCUUUCAGGGCACCUCUCCAGCCACAUUCUCACACAUUUUGUUUUUCUCUCGCUCUUUCACUCUGUUAGGGACCAAACAUGUUUACACACUUUGUCAUCACAUUAUAGAUGACUAAAGGUUGGAUUUUAGUCGAACUGUCACCGCCACUCUGACGUAAAGCGCUGUAAUAGACUCUUCAAGCAUCACGAAGCUGUUGGGGCCUCUAGAUUGCAGCUCCUUGUUUCCGUUUAUGCCACAUCCUCACGACGUGUGCACAUUCCAUACACGGGUCGGGAAUCCCAGCUUUUUAGCUGCGGUAAGGGGGUGUGUGUGAAGUUCAAUCGGUGUUGCUGCAGCGUACGCUGGAACGAAACAACGCGGCUGCUCGUUGUUUCGCCAUCAUCCUGCAGAGGCGCGCGGUGCUCCUGUCGUGCAGCUACAAAACUGCAUCUCACGCAAGAAGAGAAAGAGAGAGGUUUUUUUUUUUUUUCGCUCUACUUGAAAAUAUCUUUUUAUCCCAGUUUGCUGUUGCUUCUGUCCAGUGAUGUGCUUCAGUUCUCUUUCUCGGCCAAAUGUUUUUUUUUUUUGUUUUUUUUUUUCCCCCUGCUGUGAUACGCAUGCCUGCAUCCAGCACAGCUUGUCGUAGGGCUUAUACUACUUAGACAUAAAAGAAAAAAAACCGAGAGUGUCCAAAUUUCUCUCCAGGGCUGUUCAAUCAUUCCCCUGCCUGUGCCAUACCCAACACCUGUAACCUCCUGUGUAUACCGUUCAUUUUCAAGCCGACACUCACCGGGCAGACCCUGAAUGUAGAUAUUUUUUAAGUAUUUUCCAGGCAUCUGUCGUCGUUGAACCUGCUCCCUUCUAUGUACGAGCAUAUGAUCAAAUACGGUAGAGGAAACAUGUUAUCCAGAAUGUAUUGUACAGUAUAUAAUGCACCUGCUUAUAUUGUAGGAUAUAUGAGAGUAUAUUUGCAAUAUAUUCAGUACACUAUCGUGACGAUGCAUUAGGAGCAAACGCAGAAAACUACUUGCUAGUCCCAAAAGGGCUGAACGAUAAUCAUGUGAUUUUGUUUUUGUUUGUUUGAUUAUGAAAUAUUUAGUAAAGCCUACCACAGGUCAGAAAGGUUAUUCUUGGCAGGUUACACAAGUUUAAUCAGUUGCAUUAGAAAGCUUCCCAAUGCUGAAACCUAUUAGCAUGAUUUUAUUUGGAUUGGGACUGAGAAUGUUGUGAAAGAUGCAUGAGAAGAACAACGAAUAUGAAGAAGUGAAAAAAAAUGAAAGUGAAGGAAUGAAAAUAUGUCAAAGAUGUAGGUAGAGUAGUCUGGAUAUGAUUUAGUAGCCAUAGACACCUCAUAGCAUAAAGGUGUAUCUCAAUAAAGUAAAUUAUCAUUGAAAGAAUUUAUUUCAGUGAUUUAAUUCAAAAGUUGAAACUCACAGAGUUAUUGUAGACAGAGUGGUAUAUAUCAUUUUUGCAGAUUCUGGCUUACAGCUAAUGAGAGGUCAUUUAAUUAUUUGCAUAUUAAUGGAAAGUUGAGAGGAAGGAAAAACUGGGUAGGAAAGGAUUUUUGUUUUUACACAGAAAUAGCCGACAGAACCGUACGUCCAUUUUUUAGGUACUUGGUCAGGUCUCCUUUUGCAUCGACGACGGCAUCAGUUCAGCGUGACGUGGAGGCCGACAACCUGUGGCAGUGCUAAUGUGUUAAUGAAGCCCAGAUUGUUUUAAUAGUGGCCUUCACCUUGUCUGUAUGGUCCUCCGUGGAUUCUCUGUGGGGUUUAGGUCAGAGCAGUUUGCUCGCCAAUCAAGCAGUGAUAACAGGUCAGUAAAGCAGGUUUUGGUACUUUUGGCUGUGUGGGCAGGUGCUUAGUCUUGCUGGAAAAUAACAUCAGCAUCUCUUCCUAGAAGAAAGCAUGAAAAAUUAGUGCAUGAAGUAAUCUAAAAUAUCUUGGAGGAUGACUUGGUGACUAUGACCAAGGGUCUGUU